AUGUUGAAGGGCUUGGCUGUAUUACUGAUGAUUAUUGCAGCAGAUACAUUGACAGUGGGUGUGCAUGCUCGGAAACAUGUGCGUGUUACGAAUCUCUUGGGUAAGGACGCUGUUCUCUAUCUCCAUUGUCGAUCAAGGGAUGACGAUCUUGGCCUGCAUGUUCUUCGGUUUUUACAGUUCCAAGAAUGGUCCUUCAACAAUAACAUUGGCGGAACAACUCUCUUUUGGUGCUCCUUACAGUGGAACGACAAACAACGGAGCAUUGAAGUUUAUAAUUACGAAAGAGAUAAUAAAGAUUGCAGUUCCUAUUGCUGGCGAUUUCUUGAACCAGAUGGAGCAUAUUUUUACAUAGAGAAUACGAGGCAAUGGGAGCAUAGAUACUCGUGGUAA